GGGAAUGAUUUGGUUGGCCAGCUACUAAACGUUCGCCACUUCAGGGUUAUCCGGUGAGCGAUGCGCUUCGUCUCAUCUUAGGAUAUUAGAAUAUUGUCGAAAAGUUAUUUUAAACGAGAAACGAAAUGGAGGUAAACGGUGGUCCUGCAAGCCCCGCAGUGAUUGCUGAGGUGUCGUUCUCGUUUCAAGAUGAACUGACUGCGACCCUUCGAAACGCGCUCGGUGUUGCAGUAGAGAUCGCCGUUGCGGAGAUCACCAGACUGCUUGACAGAGCGCUCAGAGAUGUGCAGGGCAAGAUUCAAGAGGCUUUGCGGGACAAUAGUGCGCUCAAGUUUAGGCUGCAAACAGCUGAAACGCAACUUUCUACUGUGUGCGGUCGCCUGGAUCAACAGCCACGGAGACUCGAAGACUUUCCCAUCAGUAGUAGCAAUCAGUUGGUGACAAACUCUCCCAUCAGCUGCAGCAGGGUUCAGCGUGGGGGUCGGCAGUUAAAUACCCUUAACGUCGGACAACAAACCGAGCCCAAUGUGGACUCGGAACAUGAUUAUGAGGUAUGUGGAUCCAAGGAAACUAAUAUAUUCCAGCAAGGAUCAGUCUGUGGGAACCCAAACGGAGGCGCGUGCGCUCAGACUUUAAACUCGGAUUCACUUGAGGAAUCAACCUACUGUAGAUUAGAUGAGACAAAUGACAUCAAGAAUGAUCAACACAAUAUGACAAAAACUGACCAGACAUGUGCUGGGACAGUUACAAUUGAGGGGUCAUCCCUUGAAGUGGCUGUAAAGGUGGAGAAAGAAGAGAGUUAUGAUGACGCAAUCCCAGUGUCCCUCUCUGUAGUGGAGGAGCCCAACUCAGACAGCCUUUCUCUGGCUCAGUCUCGACUAUUGGAAGACUGGAGACCUGAGCCUUUGCACUCAGAGAGCUGCCAUUCAAACCUGCACUGCCAGUCCACCAACCAAUCCCUAGGCCUAGAUUUCCUGUCAUCCUCAAGCUCAGGCCAACAAACCCACUUCCCAAAGCUCCACAACAACCAUUAUAAGAGUCCCGGGCACCAUGCGUUUCCCCCCGACCGGAGCCCUUAUCAUUGUAGCCUAUGCGGACGAGACUUCAACCGUAAGCACCAUCUCAAGAUCCAUCAGAGGAUCCAUACAGGAGAGAGGCCAUACACAUGCUCUAUCUGUAGCGCACGCUUUCGUCACGCAUUGACACUCAAGCGACACUUCCGCCUUCAUACAGGAGAGAAACCAUAUGUUUGCGGUCAAUGUGGAAAAAAGUUUCGAAAUGAUGGUGGACUGAAGGUUCAUCAGUGUUCAUGACAACAGUUGUAUAAAUGCACUAUUUAUGGUAGUCUUGUGUCGGAGGACAAAUCCAAUAUAGGGUCACUCCAGAAGCCAAAAUGUUAUUAAAGGGAUAAUUCUCCUAAAAAUGAAAAUUCUGUCAAGAUUUGGUCAACCAUGUUCAGGUGACUUUGGUUAAUUUUCAAAACUAGAGAUGCACUGAUUUGUCGGGCUGUUUUUGAUCAAAUACUUGCUAAAACAAAAUAAAAUACAUACAAAAUACAGCAGGGCUUGACAAUAAGGACUGCCCGGGGCCAGCGUGAACAACGCUUG